AUGCUCUUCCUGCCCUUUGCGGCGCCGCUCACUGAAGCGCGGCUGCUGCGGCGCCGGGAUCGCUUCCUCGCUGAUGUGAUGCUGGACGGCAAAGAGGAAGUCGCCUACUGCGUCAACCCCGGCCGCAUGGAGGCCUUCAGCCGGCCCGAUGCAUCCAUUUGGCUGUCGCCGAUGGCAGGCAAAGGCCGCCUGCGCUGGACCUGGGAGCUGAUUGAGGUGGACGGGGUUCUCUGUGGCACCAACACCCAGAGGCCCAACAUGAUCGUGGGGGAGCUUCUGAGAAGGAGAAUGCUGCCAGGCCUGGAUGACUGGGUGGAGAUGAAGAGCGAGAAGACGCUGGCGCAUCCGAAAGCGGAAAAGGAAGCCAAGCCGGGCCGAAGGGCGCCCACCAGUCGCUUGGACUUCUGGCUCCGAGGGCCGGAAGGUGACCAUUACAUUGAAGCCAAGAACUGCCACAUGGUGUACCCAGAUGGCAAUGGGUACUUCCCGGACUCCGUGUCGGCGCGGGCGAGCCGGCACGUGGCAGAGCUUGCCGCGCUGGCAAGCCAGGGCACCAAAUGCACGGUCAUCUUCGUGGUGCAGCGAGGGGAUUUGCUGGGUAAAGUACGGCCUUCCGAGUACCACGACCCGACCUUCGCAGCGGCAUGUCGUGCUGCGGCAUUGGCGGGGGUGCGCUUCCGUGGCUUGCUGGUGUCCUGUAGCCUCACCGGGCUGGAAGUACUUCGGGAAGUGGAGGUGGAUCUGGAGGAGUACGACUUGAACCCCAUCGCUGGGUGGGUCGCCGACAAUCGCGAGACAACUGGCUGGAUCCGUUCUGCAUCGCAGAAGAGAGUGGCGAAUGGACCGUUCCCUCACAGGAAGGUCAAGACAAGGAGAUCGAAUCAAGUCUUCAAGGUGCCGCUGAGGGAGCAGGUGGCGUGUAUUGACCUGUCCUAA